ACUACAUACACAUCACUGUUGCGACUUCAAUUUUACCAGAUAAAGAUGUUGGCACACGGUUUGGUUUUACUGGUCGUUGUAGUGAUUGUUCAGUCUGGAAUACCUGGCAUAAUAAAAGGUUGUCCAGGUUGCAGUGUAAAGGGAGUUUGUUAUUUCCCGAAUCAAGAAUGGAAACAAGGUUGCUGGACAAAGAAAUGCUCCGUUUAUUCCAAUGGUUUCGUACAAGGAUGGAGGACGCCGGUAGUGAAAACACAAUGCCCAGGGAGAUAUGGUAACUGUAUAGAUCACGGCCAACAGGUUACAAAUGGGUGUUAUUGUAAGGUUACAGGAUCACACUGGUCGUUUGUUGGCAACUGCUAUGGGAAAUAAAAGUGGAAGUGUGAAAUAUAUGACGAACUGACUUUUUAAUAUAGCACGUAGAGUCCUAGAAUAAACAAAUAAAUCAUCGAA